AUGGAGUACGAGAGGAUAGAGAAGGUGCAGACUGGUAUUAUCUCUCCGAGCAAACUGAGGAUGAAACUGAUGGGUCCGCACCACCACAGGAAGAAGGAUGGGUCUAACAGCAACUCUUCAAGAACGUCUCCUUCCAAGCUCGAGGACUCCGAGUUCGCGAAGAACAGCUUGUUGGCCUGCGACGGUGCCGAAUUCGACGAGGAAGUUGCAGCUACCAGGGUAGAAACCACAUUAAUCAAAGUACCUGUUCAGUCGUCCGUUUCGGAACCAGGCCACUAUAAUCAGGCCUCACUCAAUUCCAGAGCCACGGUCGUGAGAGAAAAUGAGAAUGUAGGCCGUGCUCGCUUUGAACAAUACGCCAAGGGAGACGGCAGCAACUCCAGUGCGGUGUAUCCUGUGAGAAUAUUAGAGGACGAAAAUCUUGAUUACGAUAGCAAUGCUAGCUCAUCCAGUUUCGAGUUUCACAAAGGAGAGAAGUCAGUUCACCACCACAUCAACCGGUCGCUCUCGAGGUCGAUGCCGUCUAAGUGAAACGAUGCUGAGAAGUGGAUAAUGAACAGGCAGAGCGGCCAAGCUAACUAUUGGAAGAAGUCCGUUCUGCAGAACCAAACAAAUCGCCUGCCGGCGAUGAACACAAUAAGAGUUGCUCCUGAGCAUGCAGGGUGUGAGAAUAAGUUACCGUUUGCUAGGGGGUCCGACACCAAGAGAGUCGAUUUUUGCCAUCCUACUUACCAAAUGGGACAUGAUAAGUUCUCUUUUGGCCCUCCUGAGGGAAUGCCGACUUUAGGUCUAUCUAAUGGUGGAAAUUUGCGGGUUGAUGCAAAUUCUCAAACUAAGGAUUUGAAGGAAGUAGUUCAUGCAGACUCCUCUUGCACAAAAAGCUCGACAGAAGAAUCGACAGGCAUUCCUGCAAUUAGAGAAGUUUCAAUGAGAGAUAUGGGAACGGAGAUGACUCCUGCCACUAGUCAAGAGCCUUCAAGGACAGCAACUCCUGUGGGUUCAGCUACCCCGCUUCGUAGCCCAACUUCAUCGGUGCCAUCAACUCCUCGAGGAGGAGCACCAGCUCCCACGCCUGUGGGGCAUGCCACUGAUGAAGAAUCUCAGCAUCGCAAAAAGGAAUUGUCCGAGGAAGAAAUGAAGAUGAAGACGAGGAGAGAAAUAGUAGCCCUCGGAGUCCAACUGGGUAAAAUGAAUAUUGCUGCUUGGGCAAGUAAAGAAGAAUCCGAGAAGAAUAAAUCUUCCUUGGAAAAAGCUAAUUUGGAAGAACUUGAGCGGAUCGAAUUUGAAAAGCGCGCAGCUGCUUGGGAGGAAGCUGAGAAAUCUAAACACACAGCAAGAUACAAGCGUGAAGAGAUCAAACUGCAAGCAUGGGAAAGUCAGCAGAAAGCAAAAUUGGAAGCACAAAUGCGGAGAAUAGAGGCUCAAGUUGAGCAAAUGAGAGCCCAAGCUCAAGCGAAGAUGGUGAAGAAGAUCGCGAUGGCAAGGCAAAGAUCGGAGGAGAAACGGGCCGCAGCCGAGGCCAGAAGGAAUCGCGAGGCAGAGAGGACUGCCGCGCAGGCGGAAUACAUCCGUCAAACCGGACAAAUGCCGUCGUCGUCUCCUUACAUCUGCUGCGGUGGUUGGUUGUGA